CGGGAGGUCACGUGAUGUUUGGGUGCCGGCGGUGACGGGCGCGCGGCGGCAGGAACAAUACUGCUGAGCUGGGCCUUGGGUCCAUUGGGUUAUUGCUGCCAAGUUCCCAACAAGUGGCUCCACAACACAGCAGAAUAAAAUUGUGGGUGAGAUUAGAAGCAAGUGUGCCCAGGAGAGCAGGACUUGGGAAGCAGCUGGUCUGAAGUGUAAUCCCGCAUCCAUCACUAUCCAGAAAAUGUCUUAUGGCUCCAUUGAUGGGAGUGGAUUUGGGAGCAGGAACCCGUUUGGAGGCCCCUCGAGACAAGGCUAUCAACCUCUCGCCACCCAGAUUGAUCCCAGCGAACUGCAGGAACUUUUUCAGGAGACUUCAGCCAACGUCUUCCGAAUUAACUCCAAUGUGACCUCUCUGGAGAGAAGUCUUCGAUCCCUGGGGACCUCGAAUGACACUCAAGAGCUGCAGGAUGGACUGCAUGCCACCCAGCAGGAGACUAAUAAAACCAUCACGACCAGCACCAAAGCCAUCAAGCAGCUGUCUGAGAUUGUCAGAGGCUCAUCCAGGCAAGAACGGCUUCAGCUGGACAGGCUGAAGAACCAGCUGUCAGAUGCCAUCCAGAGAUACGGGGCUGUGCAGAAAAAAAUAGCAGAGAAAUCCAAAGCUUUGCUUCCUACUGGGCAGAGAACCACCAAACAGCAGAGCCCUAAGACCCCCUUCUCUGACCUGCCUGACGAUGAGAAGAUCUUUAACGGAGGGGAUGGUGUGUGGCAGAACCAGGGCCAGGACCAAGCCCUGCUCUCAGAAAUCACGGAGGAGGAUUUGGAAGCCAUCCGCCAGCGGGAAGAGGCCAUUCAGCAGAUUGAGAGUGACAUGUUGGAUGUGAACCAGAUCAUCAAAGACCUGGCCUCCAUGGUGCACGAGCAAGGAGACACAAUAGAUAGCAUUGAAGCCAACAUUGAGACCUCUUCUUCCAACGUAGAAUCAGCCAAUGAGCAGUUGGCAAAAGCAAGUCAGCACCAACUACGAGCCAGGAAGAUGAAGUGCUGCCUCCUCUCCAUCGCUCUGGCUGUUCUGCUGCUCAUUGUCAUAAUCAUUGCGGUCUCUGUCAAGCGCUGACCUGGCUGAGGUUUGCACAGAGCCUGUGGUCACCCUGGGAAGUGGAAUGGAUUCUCAAGGCAUUGCACAUUCAGGCCCCACCUCCGUGUCUGCGUUGCUGAUCACGUCAUAUUAAACCUGCUGUAGCCAACAAGCACUAAUUGUAUCAAAGAAAAACUAAGUUUUAUACUGUGAGUCGGUAUCAUUGUGAAUAAUUUUGCCUAUUCCCCCCUCCUUCAUUGUAGGCAUGUUUUACCUUAUGUUACAGAUUUUAAUUAUGUCCCCUGUAUCUGAGGAAUUCUAUUUCUUUGCCUCCAGAUUUGCUAUACAAUGUGCUGUAAGAUAAGUAGCUGUUAAUCCAUCUCUAUUGUUUGUGGUUUUAACAUGCUCCUGAUCUCAAAUUCUGCUCAUUUAAAGCCAUGAAAGUCAA